UGCGGAGACGCGGGAAGUCAUUGCUUACCACUGCGUCGGCAAUCAUGGCUGGACUCAGCAUGCUGACCUUCGCAAACAUCGCCUCGGUGCUGCAAGAACGGCCGCACAUAUUCUCACGUCUUCGCGAAGCUGUAUCGUAGCAACGCGUGUCCGCCUUCCUCCUGCCCUCCCACCUCGUCUCCCCUACGACGCAACAUCCGGGACCCAAGCGAACACUACGAACAGUGGUACACCUCUCGACGGCGCCAUAUAGGGCAGAGGAGGUGCAGCGUCUGCACCGAUCUUCUCCAGUGGCGACACUAUCAUGGCCUCGAAGGAGCAGCAACCUGAUCUGAAGCAGAUCGCUACUAAGCUUCUGCAAGAUCUCUUCGAUAAUGUCAUCCACGACCUUGUAAUCAAUGAGCACCGCAAGCACAAGCUCAUGCUUGCGGCAUUGGACCCGCAAACAAAGCUCCCACAUUGCGACAACUGCAAGCUUCCACGCUUGCUCGACCCACCCCUGGCACCGAAAGUGCGCGGCGCAACCAGCGAUCCCCCAAGCGACACCCAGUACUGCGAUCGCAAGCCAUGGUCACGAAUACCUGGUCACGACAUUUACGGUAACCCAUUCCCCAAAGCCGAUGCGACAGGACGACCUCCCACCAAGAAAGAGCGAGAGGCAGCUAAGAACGCUAAGAAGGAUGGGUUCGAGGGCACACCAGCGUCUGAAGAGACAGGGCAGAAUGGUACGGGCCCGCCAAGUCCGUCCGAGAACGGUGAGCAGCCGGACAGGAAGUUGGAAAAGGGCGAGAAGAAGGCCAACAAGAUUGACGAGAAGCUCAAGAAGGGCGAGUAUGUGCCGUGGCAUACGUGUCCGCAAUGCAAGCGCUCGCUCCUCAUCACGCGCUUCGCGAAGCACCUCGAGCAAUGCAUGGGGUUGAGCGGGAGAGCGGCUAGUCGUAACGCAAUGGCUAAGAUCAACGGCUCAACCCCCAUGGGCAGUAGGUCAGGCACGCCUGGUCCGAGUCAGGAUAGUGCCAGUAAGACGGGCGCUGGCGACGAUGAUGACGACGAUGAUCUGGCAGUGAAGGGACCGGGAGGUGUACGGAAGAAGCUACUUAAGAAAGGCUUGACGACCAAGCUCAAGAAGGAGAAGAGUCUCACGCCCAGCGCGAACGGCAAACUCCCGAAAGGUCUGGCUGCGAAACGGCCGCCGGGGAGCGGACCGAGAGCGAGUCCCGCGCCCUCCUCUCUGGCAGAAAAGCGUUACCGGGACGAGAUGCUACUGGGUGAGGAAGGAGACGAAGGUGAAGAGAUCCACGUCAAGAAGCGGCAGAAGCUGGCACGAGUCGGCAGCACGACUAGCGUCACCUCGCAACUCACUGCGCCGACAGGUAGCGCGGCCAUGGAGAGGGGGGAAAGCCGAGACGGGAGCUUUGUGGGCGACGGAAGCGUUGUGGAGGAAUGAAGUAAGCGUGGUGUCUUGGCGUCGGUUGCGGGUCAUGGUCCGUGGAACGGGCAGGACGCAUAGUGCUUUUGGCAUGUUACGCGGCUCACAGUACAUUCACGUUACUUGCAUUCGCUGUUCGAGACGCGAGCAGUAUCAAUGCGUUCCAUAGUAAAUGCCUGACCCUGCCGCGUGAACAUAAUUGUGCUGUCUGUAACUGCAGCUACAUAACUUCUCACAAAGCAUGUUAGAUGGGUUG